AGCACGCCAAUGCAAUAAUCUUCCAGCGUCCUCGUGGAUGAAGAUAUCCGUUGUGUAAGUACUACUUCCGUCGAAUGCGCUUUCUCUUGGUCAGAUUUUCGAAUUCGUUGCUUCUCCUUCAAGGACCUUGUCGUGAUUGGAGUUCAUACUUUCUUUGGCGUGACGAGAUCACGUAGAUCAACAUGUCGCCCCGUAAGACAGCUCGGACUGUGCCGCUUCACGCGGCUUUGUUCCGGCGGCUGCACUAUUUCAACGACAUAAGCUUUUUCAUUCGCAAUGGUUUUUUUCUGAUCUAUCUGAGCCUGUUGAUCGCCUUCCUGCUUGCGGGAUUUAGCCGCGUCGGCUGGGCACGGGUGGUUCGCGACUUCCGGAUCUCGACCAAUUUUCAUGUAGACCCGAGGCUUUCGUAUACGGGUGUCAAAUGGAACAAGGACAUGCAGUGUUUCGGGCCCUGCUACGAUAUGCUCUCCUUGAUCUCCCGGGUGGUGUUUCAGGUUGGAGUGCAUCUGGGCCUCAUCUUGGUUGCGCUGUAUGUGUGGAUGUGGAUUAGAAUUGUAGAGCGCAAGGCGACGUGGCGCCAGGAGGUUCAAUUGCCUCUCAAGCAUCUGAGGUGGUUGUUCUUCCUGGCCUUUUUUCUUCUUUUUCUCGGCACUACACGAAGGCUCGACAACGAGGAGUACGCUGCUUUUCGCACUUAUGGGUAUGAAAACAACUACGACGCGCCGUCAGCGGGACCUGCUGCAGCGUACGGGACCACCGACAGCGAAGGCAAAAUGCAAAAACUUGCAGCCACCCCUGGAGGAGGUAAUAAAGUUGCGAAACUAGAAGAGGACACCAGCAGCGACGUCGCACUAGAUCCUGGGGAGGCCGCAGGAGCUCCACCCCGAGCGCUGAACGCGUCACAAUUGUCACCUCCCGACGACGAGGACGACGUUGGACACAUGGACCACAACGCGAGGACUGCUGACGAAAAUGAAUCUGCUGCUACUAGUACAGCACUGUAUGCCUUUCGAGAACUGCUGCUGCAACCGGACGUGCUCUACUUUCAGGAAAAGCCGCCUGAAGAGGGGGGGCACGGAUACCGGCAGUUGCGGUUCACGGCGCCAAUUACGAUUCAGCGGCAACGGGAUCCGGCGACGGGCCGCGUGCUCUUCGAGUACAUCAUUGGGCGCGACGUUUGGACAAAUGUAGCGCACGAUCUCCGGGUUGAGCCCGAGUGGCGGAACUGGCGGCAAAGGGAAAUGUGGGGCAUGUGGCAGUUUCCUGGCACAAAACGCACCAGCCAGCAUCUCGCCCGUGUUUUCUUUUUUGCGCAGGUUGUUUUUUUUCUUCUCAUCCAGGUACUGAGCGAUGCUCUCAUUGUUCAUGAAGUCUCGUCAGCAGAGAAGCCAGGCGAUGAAGGUGGGAUCAUCAAUCUCACAGCUGCGCCGGCGCCGCCUAUGGAGGUCGACCUAAUGCAGCCUUCAAGUACAACGACGCGGCCCUCAAGCACAACGACAAACGACACGGCGAAGCAUGAGGUUGAGCAAGAAGUCCAGGAAUCAGAGUGUAGAAACAAUAUGAAAGAGAAAGAUGUAGAUGAUAUUGGACGUGGAAGAAGUUGGUCAAGGACCACAACAUCAGUCACUUCUGCCACGACCGCCGCAUCGUCUGCUCCUCCUGCACCAGGCCGAUCGUGCUUGUUCGUGAAGCGAUUGCUGCCCUCUGUCGAAGCGAGGGAGACGCUCCGCCGGGUUCUGCUGGGCGAUCCGCGUCGCUCAAGCCGCUGCACAACUACACUAGUGUGGAUGCUUAUGGAAGCGUCAGGCUUGAAAUCGUCAAAGUUGAAAUAAUCUGUAAUGCAUGAAAUGCAUGACCCGAGGCACGUGCGUUGCAGAGCAGGCAAGUGAGGCCGAUUGUAAGCUUGUUUGGGGUUACAGCUCGAGCUGCUAAAGUAGCAUAAGAAAAUCACUCUUCUUUGCCUAAACAGCAUGACAAACUGCAUUUCGGGACCGCCGAAAUUUGUCAUGCGCCACUUAGAAACUCGGUUCCAACUGGCAUCCAUUUUAUGCAUGGCAAAUUCUUUCAACUUUGUCGAUUUCAACUCUGACACAUCCAUAAUGCUCCUGCUGGCGCAGUUGGUCGGCAGUGCGUUUGUCGGCGAGUGGCACGGCCGGGUCGUGGUCGAGGAGGUGGCAGAAGCCGCAGAAGAUCCAGGUUCCGGACAGCCUCACACACCGCAAAUAAGAACCCACAUGACCCAAACCGUGGCGACGAUCUUGCUGUCCCUUUGCGAGUGGUCAGUUCUCCUCCUCUUCACGGGGAAAAUUACUGCCUGGACACGCGGCGGCCACGCCUCCGAAAAAUCUUCAGAGACCGCCACAAGGACCAGAAAUUGUGCCCAACCGCCGGAGGCACUGACAAAGAGUUUCGCAAACAACUACGGCCUUGCGGUUUUUUACGAACCGCCUCAACACCUCGAACGCGACGAGUCCUUCUCGUGGACGCAGCGGUAUUUCCGUCGCACUAACGCUCAGGAAACGCAGUGGCAUUCCUUUCUCGUGCGCAACUUCACGCUCCUCGGCAGAGCUUUGAGUUCGUCUUCGCCGGAGAAUAAUUUCGAGUUCAUUUUUAACGGCGAAAGUAGAGAUGUCGAUGUCCGCGCAGCAGGUUCGGAGGAAGCUUCUGCAUCUGUGGACGAGCAGGUCAAACAUCGAGUUUCUACCGUGGAGCAUGCGAAACAUACAAGUCAACGCACUGAUGUGUUCAAAGAUAUCAAAUGCGGCCCCGAGAAUAUUAAUGGGCAGAGCAGAUGCACGCCGCGCACUAGCACACACAGAGCAGCAAGACAACAUCAAGUGGGGCCCGUGCCCAAUAAAAUCGAAAAUAAAGAAGAACACGAUCGCGAACAACCUUCUGACAAUGCCUGCUCGCUUUUGCGAGGCAGGUCAAUGACAAUGUCGUUGUCGUCAUCUUUCAUAGACGUACAGCAAACUACUGAACAACAAGAGUCAAUACUGCAGCCUGUGCCACCUGGUGCCGGAAGUUCUAGUAAGGCCGCCCUGCGAGGUAGAGCAUGCGACUUUAUGCCCAUGCGGUUCCUGCUUCCAGUUGGAUCAACGCCUAAGUUUUUCGACCCUCUGCGAGUUCCGCUUGAAACCCUGAGUAUGGGACUCUCGUCUACUCGAGGCUUCGCACGGCCUGCGGAGUUGUCCGAGCUAAGAGUUGUCAACGACGCCAAGGUUUUUGGAAUUGAGAACGAGGAGCAGGUGGAGUGCAAGAACUCUCUUACUGCAGCACCUUUUCACGACCAAUAUGCGAGUACAAGCCUGGGGGAGAUGGUGAUGGAUAAACCUUUGCCUACCUCCUCCACAUCAUCACCCACGGAUCUUUUGGUGGAGGUCGACGGUCGUCGAGCCUGUAUCUUACCGAUCUUUGGCUCUGCGGAUUUGUUCGAGAUUCUGGCCACCACCGGUUGUUUUCUGAUUUUUUUCUACUGCGUCCAGACCGCGAUUUUCUACUAUCAGCGCGACAACACCUACAAGACCUACCCCUACAGUAUCGUGUUCCUCACUCGCACUGGCACGUUUUAUCCCAACGACAUGCUGUUUCAGCUGAACACACAUGUCUUCUGCGUGAUCAGCAGCUUGAUUAUGGUGCUGUUUGUCUUCGAGCUGAUGCCACUCGGCAGCUUGCAGGGGCUGGCUGGUGACAACGAGGACGCCGCCAACAACUGUCCUCAGCACGACGAAGGCCAGGGGGCGGGAAUCCUAAUCCAUCAUGAAGCACAACCAGAAAAAAUAAAGACGCACCACUACCAGACCGACGAGGAGAUGAAGGCGGUUGAGCAUGAUCAGUAUCAAACGAACGAAGGCAGCGAGGUACUGACCUCAUCACCCAGCUGUCCUGGUCUACUUGGCGAAGUAGACUUAAUUGCUGCACAAAAAGAUGAAAGCCGACACGAGGACGGCCAUGGACAUCACGACCAAGCGAAGAGAAGGACAGCGACGAUAUCAAAAUGAAAAAUCCCCCUCCGUAUCAAAGAAAGCGGAAGUCUGAGAUGCGGGCUUUGUGUACACGAAUCAGCUCUGUCCCGUUGAUGUAGAGGACUGGACUGCAGGCACAUGGAAAGCCUGGACAGGAGGGAAGGCGAUGCCCUGCUUAGCGUGGCGGACGUCUGCCCUGUAGUUGUAACAGCACCAACAUAAACCGACUGCAUAAUGCGGGGGGCUUUCUGGAUUUGCCUACUUGCAAGACGAAUGCGACUAGUGGCCACAAAUCAGCGCCGGAAAUCUUCAGAAACAUGGAGCCGGUUCAAUAUGGGGAGGGGAUUCUUUUCCUCGCGAUAGACUACGGCUGCAGGACGCCCCUUGCUGACCACGUGUUCCAGCCCCACGCACGAGAGUGAGGCGAAGAUCGAGGAGGGUGCCCUCGGGCCUGGUGUUCCAUCAGAAGAUACAAAGAAAAAUGAUCACCCUGGUUAUCAUUGCGAUUCUACUACUGCGAGCAUGGCGCAUAUAGAACCUCUUCAGGGACGAUCUCUCGCCAGUUUUUUCCGCUACCCCGUGCAAUACCUCGGGCACGAGCAGCAAAGAUCUCGCCGCGCCACACUUUUAUGCCCGGACACAGAACUAUUCCGGGAAAACAAGGAUGAUAACCGUUGGUCUCGGUAUAUCCUGAUUGAAAGCGUCCCCAUCCCAGAGUCAAGAUGGAGACUUUGCUGCAGAAGCCAGCAAGUUUUGGCUGUUUCGCCAGACAGGUUUGGGCUCCUACUGUAAUCCUGUUUGGCUGGUGCAGCCGCAUAAAAAAGCGAUACGCUGGUCUUGAUUCUCGCAUGACAAACACCUCCCAGCAGAUAGUAGAAUUAGAAAAUGCGCUUCAUGGCGCUGCGCAUGAGAAGCAUUUCGUAGCGGCAUGAAAAUAAAUUUGCAUGACAAGAAGUUUGGGGUGGAGAGGUCGUUUUUCUACAGGAUACGGCACCGCUUUAAGGCGCACCUUUACGGCGCCCGAUUCUGGAUGGCCGCGGGACUUUUUUUAUGCUGUGUAAAAUCGUCCCCAGCCCAGACGAGUUGUCAUACAGAUUUGCAUAUUACGCUUACGCAAUUGCUUGCAAAAAUGCGCAUCGCCAAGGGUGGCGUUUCCGGGCGUGUUUUGACAUUUGUAACGCUGCAAACAGGAUAAGCGGACGGCUUUGUGAGGCGGCUAUCCUUGCUACCCUGCACUACAGUACAGCGAGAAACUUGUGGUCAUGCCUGACUUCCGAUUCUUCCGGCUUUUUGUCGCAGAGAUCCCACCUCGCAGAGUAAUUUGUAUGAACACUUCCAGGUGCGAUAAUUUCUGGUAACAUUCUAGCGGCAAGAAUAGUACCAGUCUGGGCCUCCGCAGGGAGGAAGGAAGACAUACUCGAGGCAGGGCGCCAACCUCUUUGCGUGCUAGGGCCGAGGCCCCUUUUCCUUUUCUCCAAAUUUUUUUUGCAUGCGGGUUCUCACCGUCACACAAUUCCAGAAAGAAAGAAAGAAAGAAAGAAAGAAAGCGACACACCGGUUACAUGUUAGGCAACGUCCACCGGCCUCCUAGCUUAGAGAUGAAUCUAGUUUUAGUGAUGAAUUUAUAUGCGUCAACAGAAACUGAAACUGAAGCACAAGCCUCCUAGCUUAGUGAUGAAUUUUUUAAAAAAUGAUGACAAAAAUUUAUAUGCGCAGCGGCUUACUGCGCAGCGUCGGUUCGUGCUCGUGUGUCGCCCUUCGUUCGUUGCCUUCAGGAGCUUGAUCGUAAAUUCGUACGCUCCUUCUGCUUUGAAAAAAAAUCCGAUCUUCCCAUCUGCCCCCAUCUUCCCAUGUAGAUUUAGGUCUCUGCCCUUUUAUUUCUUCUUUUGCGUAGUGUUGUUGUUUUACCUGACUCGCCUUCGUAGCGCUAGCCCGCGUAACCCGCGUCCUUGCAGGGGCUGCUGUUUUUUUUUCCCGCCUUGCCAGCGGGUUUUGUCUUGGGGAAGAAAGCUAUCUGGGUUCAACGGUCCCCGCCCCCCCCAUCAUCGUGGGUUCGACGGCCCCCGCCCCAAAGGAGACCACUUAGAAAUAAUUUUUUGUAGAUUGCAAAUUUUUAUCGCGAUCAGCCGUUCACCAUCGGCUGAAGCUGCACAUGCAUCCGGUGUAACUUUGAAAAAAGUAGUUUUAUUGCCCGCGGCUUACGGGUUUUCCAUAAAGGUUCGUCGUUAGAAGGAUGCGCGGUUUCUAUUAUUGGCGUCUGGUCUGAUCGCACCCUAUGGCUAGUAUCUGAGAUCAGAAAACCCUUUACUUCGGGGGACAGUAGCGCGCGAAAAAAGUUCGUCGCGGGGGCACCCCGCGUGGUUCGUUUUUGUAUGUUCUCCGCACCACGCAUCUCUGGCUUCGGUCGUGUUUCCCGCUGGGUUUUUCAAACGCGGGCUUGCAAAACCUGUUUGCAUAGGGCGUUCCCAGUAUCCGCGUUUACACAGAUCCCGAUUAGCGCGCACUAGGCGCAACUAUCUCCAUAGACAGUGGCUCCUCCCUAUCUUUACUACCGUCAGGUGCAGCGGCUUUCUGCACAUCGCGCUUAGUCUCGACCCAUAUCAAACCCCCUUGCUAUUCGUCCCACAGCAUAGCAACGUCCGCCGCGGCUUACGGCUAUAGACGUUAACUAUAUCGUGGGGAUUUUCCAUGCGUGUGUCCGGUCCGAGUUCGAAAAAGGGUUCAGGGGUGACCCCCCUGUAUGCAUGCGCGGAUUUAUGUUUCCGAAGGGUUUAGGGUUUUGAUUUGUAUGGACCAAUGCGGCGCGCACAUCGAGUUUCCUGGCAGUGUCGACCUGCUGUGCCCGGCGUAACCCCCGCCGAAUCACGAGCGGAAAGCGCGUCUGAGUCUGAAUCUGAAAGCGAAUCGCGGUCUUCCGAUCCUCGCCGAAGAUUUUCGCACUAUCUCCUUUUGUGGCCGGUGCCUCCGAUUCGAGCUUGAUCUCGAUCUCUUGUCGACCACCGAUGUCGACCUUUUGCAGUAUGCACGCACAAACGGGAUUUUCGAAAACGGAGGGGGGGGGAAGGGACCCCCAUUUGGUUGUCGCGGCGCGAAGCCGCAAAUCUCGUGCUCACGUCCACCACCAGAAGUGUUCCAGCACGGGGCCGCUCCAUGAAAAUGAAACUGAAUCCCCUCCCGCAGGCAAAAAAGAAAAAAAAAGAUCCCACCUUGACUAUGGGGCGCGGGCGGCGUUUUUACUUAGAAUAUUUUUUUUGCCCGACAGGGUGCUCCUUGUCCGGCUUUCUGCUGGUGCACAACCUCACCUGCGCUACCGCGUUGCUCCUCGGUGUGGCAUUCGUCGUGCUGUGCACCAUGUUCUACCAGAUCUACCUUCUCGGCCCUAAGACCCGGAUUUGGCGCCUUCUAUCCUGAGUAAGAGCUUCUACGGCCCCAAAAGCUCCACCUUAUGGAUUAAUGUAGUCCAGUAGAUUAUGAAAAUUUGUAUUCGUUCCAGAAGCCAAGAUGUAGUUUUGGCUCUUGCGCUGGCAGCUUUGGGUCUCUGGUGUAGUCGUGGUUGCGUGGGUAGUGAUGUCGUCGCGUCAUUAUAAACCGAUUGUGUGACUCUGGUGGGAGAGGACGAAAAUUGUAGAUAUUAUAGUUGUAGAAAAUACUGUUUAUCAUGGAGCUGCACAUGAAACACCCUUCGGGCAUACAGAUUUGCAUCACAUCUGUAGGGUAUGGGACAGCCAGAGCCAUCUGUGCCCUGCAAAUAGAGGCGCAAAGAGUGCCGCAUUUUGUUUAGCGUGAAGAAUGAUUAUAUUUAUGUGGCGGAGCAGACGUCUUUACUCAGGAAACCUUCGCCGCCGCAUUCUGCAGAGCCCGGAGCGGGAAAUCGUUCGCUUGUCAGAGUGGUGUUUGCGUCCGACCUUAGCCCGGGAUGAGAGCCGGGGGCGGAAGACCGUGCGUGACCUGUUCCAGCAACCAGAACAGGACAAGGUCUCAGCUACUGAGGCAGCCGGAGGCCUUGUGCGCCGAACAUUGCCCCCUCUGCCAAUUAAUUACAAUGCAGCUGGCCGCUCAAAAAGCCCUGGCCCUGAGGAAGAGGAAGAUCGAAACCACGUAGCACACGACAAGCGCGACAAGGCAGCCCGUUCAGAUGAUGUUUCUUCUGCAUCUGUCGCGUCAGCAGGAGCUGCAUGGUUCUUGACACCGUUGCAGAACCGCUCCAGGUCCUUGCUUGGGAACGAGAUGACGCAAGGCUUGAAGACAGAGACGACAAUAGAAGUAUGUAGUGAGGUCACGAGCGUUUCAAUCUAGAAGCGGUUUUUUUGAAAAGUGGUCUUGUGCAACACAGUCGGCAGUUGUGAAGCAGAAGCGGCCGGAUGUGUUUUUGCACAUUGAAAAGCCCCGCUUCCUCCAAGGUCGCCGGAGCUUUGCCAUCAAACACGCCGGCGCGAACUCUCUCGAUUACCGCUAGGAAAAACGACGUGGCACCAUUGUGAGGCGCCCGCUGCCUGCGGUUCGGCCGAUUUUGGGCGCCCAAAAAGCGGCGCCAAGGACAUAAUAGCGGGAAAAAACCAGCGGAUUCGCACAGUGCGGGUCUUGUUUUGGCACACAUUUGAAGGCACAAAAACCGACCAGAAAAGUCGGCCGCUUGUAAUUAUGCUGGAGGCAUGGCUUUGAUUGCCAAAAGGUGCGCCUUUGUGCAAAACGUAAUAUAUAUGCCGCCAAAAACUGAAAGCUAAGCCGCAUGCUAAUGGCCUGAUUGUUGAUGCCUGCGUAGGGGCCGCGGCCCUGGUGGAGGCCCGGGUGUGGCCGCGGAGUGUGGCGAUAGCUUUCUGCUCACUUUGAAUGCCACCAGCUUCCCGCCUUCCGCCUUCCACCACAAACUGAGAGUCAAGCCGCGUGGUGCCGGGCGCCCAAGAGUCAAGUCGCGACUUUUGUGUUGCGCCUCGCCAUGCAGAGUAUUGUGAUGCUCGAGGCCACCUUGCUAGCCCUUCCAGGUACAAAGAAAAUAAAGGACCUGGCUGUUGCCCAGUCAAAAAAACGCGCCCGACCUCGCUACCUGCGCCUCAGCGGCUAUGGUUAAUAGAUCAUCUUCGAAACAAGAAUCAGGAGGAGCGUAGUAUCCCGGGGGCCGGAGCACCUGUCGUCCUGUAUAACACCUUGACCGCGCACGUAAAUACGAAGGCAAGCCUAUUCCACAGAAAUAGGCUAGCAUAUAAUUAUAUGCAAAUAAGUAAUAAAAAAGGGCGCUUGGGAUUUUUUUCUUGGUUAUGUUGGGCAUACAUAUUCACAAUUUGAAUUUUGGCACUCGCACUAUCAUUACGCUAGCGUUUUUCUGUGUGAUAAAGCCCAACUCUGGGUCAAGUGGGCAGAUGCAUAGGCAGUGUCGUGUGUGUCUUCAGUGUUGUUGCCUUUGCUGUACUGGCGCGCCGGUCAGGGCAGAUGGCUUUCGAAAGGAGCUGGCAACGGGAUUUGUUUAGCGUGAUCGAGUAUAUUAUUAUCUUCGGGACCAAUCUGUUCCUGCUCGUAUGUACUUCUGAGUUCCUGACUCAUCUCAGGCUGGGAAUUUUGAUGGAUUGAGCCACGUUUUUACAGUACCACUUUUAUAAAUACUUAUAUAUAAUGAUACCGGUAGUUCCGCCAUGAAAAAGCGGAAGACGAUGAAGAACCUAAGUAGCUGAUCAAGUAGACGCGUUCUGGUUGUUCUCGCGCUUAACUCUUUCCCCCCGCGAUACCACUUUCUAAAUUGUCUCGAUUCCCGACAUGUAGCAGCAUGGCGGCGGCGGAAUUAGCUGGCAAUAGCCCCGAACUGGAUAGGAUUUCAAUCCAGCGCCCCCCGGUUGAAAUUUUUCUAAUGCUGCUAUCUCCUUCGUGAUUCAUCAUCAUCUGAGAAAUCUCACGAGGCCAUGCCACACCAUGCGGACCCAAUAAAUCGUUGAAACUCAUGAAGGAAAUAUGUUGGGCAUUGAUUGUCCGCGUGUGAUGAAACAAAGAAACUGACUACAGGACGCAACGCGCCAGGAGACUCGCGCCGCCUGCUUGCAUGAUUGGAUUGACAGGGCUAACUGCUGACAGCGAGCCCAGUGAGACACGCG